GAACAAUUUGUAGAAAAUGUGUGACAAUUUGUAUAACAUUUUUAAAACAAAGUGACAACAACAUAAAUUUUACAAGAGCAAUGUUGGAACAAUGUCAACGCCUAUUAUGUGUGAGGGGUUGUGUGUGUGUGUGGGUGGGGGGAGAGGGAUGGGGGUGAAUAUAAAGAGCAUGUUUCUUGAAACUAGCUAGCUAACCAAGAUAGCUAACAUUACUGUCUGUAUUCUAUUGUUCUAUGUGUAUCAGGCAUGUGAGUGUGUGUAUGUAUGUAUGUGCAUUUAUUUAUCCAUCCAUUCAGCCAUCCAUUCACCAAUCCAUCCAUCGAUUCAUUCAUCUUCUUCCUCCUUUUAUCCCGGGUUGGGUCACAGAGGUAGCAGCUUCAGAAGGGAGGCCCAGACUUCCCUCUCCCUAGCCACUUGUUCCAGCUCCUCCGGGGGAAUCCCAAGGCGUUCCCAGACCAGCUGAGAAACAUAGUCCCUCCAGCGUGUCCUGGGUCUUCCCCUGGGCCUCCUCCUGGUGGGAUGUGCCUAGAACACCUCACCAGAGAGGCGUCCAGGAGGCAUCCUAACCCGAUGCCCGAGCCACCUCAACUGGCUCCUCUCGACAUGAAGGAGCAGAGGUUCUACUCGGAGUCCCUCCUGGAUAUCUGAGCUUCUCACCCUCUCUCUCAGAGAGAGCCCAGACACAGUACGGGGAAAACUAAUUUCAGCCGCUUGUAUCCGUGACCUCGUUCUUUCGGACAUGAUCCAAACUCAUGACCAUAGAUGAGGGUAGGAACUUAGAUCGACCGGUAUAUCAAGAGCUUUGCUUUUUGACUAUUCUCUCUCUUCACCAUGACAGACUAGUACAGCGCCCGCUUCACUGCAGACGCUGCUCCUAUCCACCUGUCGAUCUCCUGCGCCACUUUGGGCAGGAUAUCCUCCCUGACCCGCAGAAGGCACUCUAUACUUUUUCAGCUCAUUUAUUUAUAUAGCUAUGAAUUUUUAUUUCAUUUAUUGAGAUGAUAAAAGAAAGAACCUUGAACACAUUGAUCAGCAGGUUUUGCAUGCCAUUCAACACAUUCUCUCUCUUUUGGUUUUCUCAUCCAGGGUGUCAGACACACACAGCGACACACAGACAUGCACACACAAAUAAUACAUAUGGACAAUAAAGUAUAGUCAGUAAUGUUAGCUAGCUUGGUUAGAUAACUGGUGUUAGCUAACUUUGAAGAAGGCUGAUAGGUUGAUUUGUGACAAUAACACUGUCACAAUACUGAUGAUCGACACACAUACAUUUGUGAGGUAAAAAAUAAAGAUAAUAAUUAUAUGUAAAAGUUCUUGCUUUGUAAAAUAUUAUUAUUCAGGGCUGACACUUAGGACUCAGUGUGUAUGGUUCACAAAAAAUGUGUUCCUGACAGUCACAGUUGGUAAGAAACAAAGAUUCCCAUUAAAUUCCUUAGGAAAUGAAUGCGGGUCAUUUUGGACCCACUUAUAGUAGAAAGGGGUAGUAAUAUAAAACAUGAUAUUUCUUAAAAUGUGUAAAAGAUGAAUUAAAAAUUUUAAUUGCAUGAUAUCAAUAACAUGUUUUUUGAGCAAUACAUGUUAUGAAGUGAUGAAAACUUUUCAUCACUUGAAAAGAGUGAUGAAAACUUUUCAUUUCAAAGAUAUUGUAAAAAGAUGACCUCACCGGGUCCAAAAGGACCCACUUAUGCAUCAGAGGGUUAAUCUUGUGCUUCAUAUAUCAGGUUUAUGGUUUGAUGCCUUUUGUUUGAGUUUACAGUCUGUAGAAAGACAAUCUCAAGUUUAUGCAUGGGAAAAAAGCUUGAACUUUUGGCUAUAUCCAGUUCUUUCCCAAAAUUGAUUUGCAUCAUAUUUUAUGUCAUCUAUUUUAGAGCAGGGCUACAUUUUUCUAAACCUCAGAGGAGUUCUUGUUUCCGAUUAUGGAAGCCAAAAGUACAAAAAUACUUAGAACACACUGAUGCUUUCAGGGACAGUCGCUUCCAAAAGUAAUCACACCCUUCGAACAUUACCACAUGUUGCAACUGCGCACUUAAAUGUAUUUUCUUCUCCAUUAGCUUUGGUAGUCUAGAAAUAGAGUUUUUUGCUCGUUCUUCUGUACAAGACAACUUAAGAGCAGUUGUAUUAGAAUGAAGUCUUGCCACAGAUUUUUAAUUGGAUUUUGAUUUUGACUCGCUGGGUCAUUCAAACAAAGAUAUAUCUAAAUAAUUGUACCUUUUAUUGUAAGGUUAGCAUCAUUUUUCUGAUGAAAGGUGAACCUCCCCCACGGUUUCAAGUUCUAUGCAGCCUUUAAGAAGAUUUCUCUCAGUAUUGCCCUGUAUCUAAUUUCAUCCAUCUUCCCAUUAACUCCAACUACCUCCUGUGUUCCUGCUGAAGAAACUGUAGGGAUGUUGUCCUCAGUGUUGUUUGCAACUCUUAUUUGCAAAGACAGUUUUGCAUAUAGGAAACAGCUGUAUUUGUGAGAAUAAAAUCUGGACUAUGUUUACUAACUGUGUGACUUCUGGAAUUGAUCUUGCAGGAUUUCAUUUAGGGCAUCGAAUUAGAAAAAACAUGCAUUCCACAUUUCUCAAAUGUUUCAUUGUAAAAAUAUUUUUCUUUUGCUUCAGUGAUGUACUACAUUGUAUUGGUGCAUCACCAAAAAAUCCACUAAAAUAUAAUGAAAGAUAUAAUUGCUACAGGAAAAAAUGUGAAUAUGUUCAGAAAUACAAAAGCUUUUGCAAGGACUUGUGUUUAAAAGGUCAGCACUCACCUAUUGUAGUGUAAAAACAAUGUGUUUACCGAUUAUCUUCUGUUAUAUGUUGACCCUUGUCACUGGUUCAACUGAUUUUUGUUUUUUCCAGACAUCUGCCAUUUCCUGUCCAGCUAGAUCUAUCUGCACGAAGUUGGAAACCCUUCAAUUCUUUACCUGGUUUUCUACAAGCAAAACAACUGGAAAUAAUAAGAAUACAACUUCUUUUCAAGUGUUUUAUUUAUUUAUUAUUAUUACUACUUUUUUUUUUUUGCAAAUGACCUUUAGGGUCUUCAUCACUUCGCAGUUGGACUUAAGAACCAUCUUUGCUGAUUUUAUAUCAGUGUAAUGGCUACAUGUCUAAUCACUAUUCAUGGCAUAUUUAUUCCAUUACAAUGAUGAUUAAUUUCUUUUAACUCAAUAUUUCUUAAUGCUACACGUGUAAUUUUUAGAAAAAUAAACUAUUCCUACUCAAUAACUGAGCACGAGUAGUGCUAUGGACAUGUGUAUUUUUAGUAUUAUCAUUUAAAAAUUCUUUUGGAUUCCUCUAAAAGAGUGGAGUUCUUGGGAUUUGAAGGAAGUUGUGAAACUAACCACAAACAGUUCAAAUGAAGUCCGACCAAAUUGAAAUGGGAGGAGAAGAUGAGGAACAUAAGGCCCUGGACCUUCCUGAUGACAGAAAGCCCAACAGAGUCAUGAAAGAUAAUAAAAGUGAGGAUGAAGAGGAGGAGGGAAAAGCAGUUCAGAUUCCUCGAUAUCGCUGGGUCAUGCAUGCUGCUGUGAUGUUUGGACGAGAGUUUUGCUACGCCAUGGAAACCGCUCUGGUGACACCAGUUCUUCUACAGAUAGGUCUUCCUGAGCAAUAUUACAGUUUAACCUGGUUUCUCAGUCCCAUCCUGGGUCUUCUGUUAACCCCGCUGAUUGGCUCAGCCAGUGACCGCUGCACUCUGCGAUGGGGCCGGAGGAGACCAUUCAUUCUGGCUCUUUGCACAGGAGUGCUAAUUGGUGUGGCACUAUUUUUAAAUGGAUCAUUGAUUGGCCUUUCUAUUGGUGACAGCCCAAACACCAAGCAGCAGCCAAUUGGUAUUGUUCUUACUGUUGUUGGUGUUGUGGUGCUGGACUUUUGCGCUGAUGCCUCUGAGGGACCAAUCAGGGCUUACCUUCUUGACGUUGCUGAUACUGAUGAGCAAGACAUGGCUCUGAAUAUACAUGGCCUGUCUGCUGGACUUGGCGGAGCAGUUGGCUACAUGUUGGGAGGCCUUGACUGGACCGGCACUGCUCUGGGUAGAGCAUUUAAGUCACAGGAACAGGUCUUGUUCCUGUUUGCUGGGGUUAUCUUUAUUAUUUCUGUAACAUUGCAUAUGCUCAGUAUCCCUGAGAGGACUUUUUCUUCAGCCAACCAACUGAAAGAUGGAGAAGAUGAUGAGUCCACCAGUCAGCUGUCUGUAAAACUGCCUGGCUGCACACGACCUUGUCUCAUUGCAAUUGCAGAGGAAGAUGCUUUUGCACCAGCCUCUUACCAAGAGGAGAAAGAAAUGCAUCUCGAGGAAGCAGAAAUGGAUUUCCUAGCUGUGGACAGAGUUCGGAGUAAAAGUGAUUCAGUUCUUGCCAUGCCAGAUGCUACAAUCGAGUUAGACUCUGACCUUCACCUAGACAGGCAGAUUUUCUUGCCUGAAGUGCCUUUACCAGAAGAUCUGGACAAUGCCUUUAAGCCAUCAGACACCGGUAUGAAGUUGUCAUCUCCUACUAAUGACCCCGCCUCUCACACUAAUGGGGGAGUGUUUGUAGAGCCUACAAAUACAGAUGUGCCUCAAAUAAAGGAUCCAACAAAUGGCCAGCUUUCUGUCCCUCAGGCCAGUUCUGCCUCAGAGAAUUCACACGUACGAUGGCAUGAGCUAACUGCUAACGGCACCAGUGCUGGUUUGCCUUCCUCUCAAGCCUUGAAUACAGGUAAAGGCCACACCUCCACCAAACCAGGGACCCGCACUGGCAACACUUCAGUCUCAUCACGGCAACAUCCAGCAACCUUCUACAGACAGCCCUCCUUUACAUUUUCAUACUAUGGUCGAGUGGCAUUACAACGCUAUAGACUGAGACGCACAAGACUCACGGGCCCUCGGCCAAUCACCACCUCCCGUAGUCUGACUGAUCUGCGAGGCAUCCGGGGACCUGUGCACAGAAGAAAGAGGCAGCUGUCUGCAAGUAGCCUUUCAUCUGAAGGCUCCAGCAGUGUUGGGGAAAUGGAGAGGGGUACAACUGUGAAGCUUCUUUGGCUAUCCAUGUUCAAGAUGCCAAAGCAGCUCUGGAGACUGUGUGUAUGUCACCUCCUUACCUGGUUCUCCAUUAUAGCUGAAGCCGUGUUUUACACUGACUUCAUGGGUCAGGUCAUUUUUCAUGGAAAUCCUAAGGCACCAGGCAAUUCCACAGAACUACAAGACUAUCACAGAGGAGUACAGAUGGGGUGCUGGGGGUUGGUGGUGUAUGCCGCAACUGCUGCUGUCUGCUCUGCUAUUCUUCAGAAGUCUUUGGAUAAAUUUGAUCUGAGUAUUAGGAUCAUCUAUGUUGUGGGAACUUUGGGAUUCUCAAUAGGAACUGCAAUUAUGGCAAUAUUCCCUAAUGUUUACAUUGCCAUGGUGAUGAUCAGUACCAUGGGAAUCAUCUCCAUGAGUAUCUCAUACUGUCCCUACGCUUUACUUGGACAGUACCAUGAAAUCAAAGAAUACAUUAACCAUAGUCCAGCCAACACUCGAAGAGGCUUUGGUAUAGACUGUGCUAUACUAACCUGCCAGGUUUACAUCAGUCAAAUUUUGGUUGCAUCAGCUCUUGGAUCUGUAGUUGAGGCUGUCGAUAGUGUACGUGUCAUUCCAGUUGUUGCCUCCGGCGGCUCCUUCCUUGGAUUCCUCACCGCUUGUUUCCUAGUAAUUUAUCCUGACACAGAGCCCAGUAGUUCUGUAGAUUAUUAGGACUCUGAUGCUCUACCUGGAGAGGAGGGUCAGAAUAGUAAAAGGACCAGUGACUAGAGACUAGCUCUGCUCAACUUCACAGAUCAAACCAGAGAAGACGCUGUUGCCUAAGGGUAGAAAAGUACUGCCAUGAUGGAUUGACUCAACAACCAAAAACUGCAUCAUGUGUAAAUUAUACCAAACCUUGCUGGUGUGCAUAUGUGAUGGGCUGUACCAUGUGGAGCAGCAAAGAAACACAGAGAAGGAAAACAUAACUGAAAGAUGAUAUUCCAUCUAGUAAAAAUGUAGGAUUGGUAGAUUUGGAUUACUAAUGUAAUCUAAAUGUGAAGUGGGGGAAAUAAUAUAAAAACAAUACCUGCUUGUGCUGCUCUGUUUGUGGAGUUGUUACCUCAACCCUAAGAAAAAUAAUGUUUAGCCAGUAAGUCAGAACAACAAAGACCAAGCUGCUGGUCCAACUGUUGAAAUUUAUUUAGUACAGACUACUGGAAGCACAAAGCACUUUGAUUUUUUUAACAGUGCUGCCACUCGGAUGGUGCCAAAUAUCACCAAUAUGUCACAUUUUACUCUGCUGCUGCUUCAAAACUGCCAAAUGGACAAUCAUAAUGCUGUAGAAGGGAUACUAGGUGCAACCCUGCAUAUUUUCAGAUUAAAUACAGAUGUAUAUAUUUAUUCCACUUUUUGGUGGACUUCAUGGACAUUUCACUGCCAUUUUACAAAAGCCAAAAAAUGUCAAAAGGUACAAACCUUUUGAGUUUAUUCUAGUUGCAUAGGUGUUAUACAAUCAAACAUAGGAUUUUUCUUUACUUACACUAUAGUUAAUAAAUGUGUCCAUAAUGGUUCAUUUAAGCAACAUAUUUGAGCCUCCAGAGAGUUAUUUCCAUUUUUUAAAUCAAAUUUGUGAUGAUUAAAAGUUUAUCUCUCAGGGUGUUUUGUAAAAUAAAAUUGCGAUUGCUGGGCUAUUUUGAACAGUUUGUGUAGAAAAGCAAAUUUUUGAAUGUCGAUUUCAAAUCUGUAAACCAUAUUCUUGAAGAUGAGCAGAAAGGAAGUGGAGAAUUGGAGCUGAGUAGGAUUUAUUGUAGUUGUAUCUUUGUGCAUUUCCUUGAAAGCAAACUGACCUUUACCCUGUUGUGCAUGCUUAUGAGAUCAGCUGAUCACUGUAAAUUGGUCCUCUGUUAGAGAGCUACACCAGGGAAUACAUAGCUCCAAAAUAAUGAGCAAGAAAGUUAAAAAAAGAAAUGCACGAUUAUACAGAAAGCAUGUUUGGUAUUUGGCUCUUAUUAAACUAUUUUAAGUUUCCAAAGUGCAUUUAAUAGUUGCAGAACAUCAUUAAAUGUGUGAAUUCAGAAAGUAGAUUUUUAUAGUCUGAAGUAGUGUUUGUGUCAUUUAUACUGUAACAUCACAUGGUGCAUUAUUCCCAAGCAUCUGUGCUGAAUGAAAGUGAGGAUCACUUUGCAUGGCUCAUCUGCAAAACUAAAAGUAUUAUGAUUGCUCAGCUCAGGAGAAACAUCAGACCUGAUUUCCUGUCUUAUGACAUUAAAGGUUUUUCUGUUUUUCUGUUA